AUGAAAUUCUUCUGUGUUCUUGGUGUUGUGGGUGGACUCUCUGCCUUAGCCAUCGACCAUACCAAGGGUCCUUCUCAUCCUGAUACAGACAUCACUCCCGAGUUGAACAUCGAACAAGCUGGCUCAGACCUCGCCGAGAGAUCCGAGAAUCAUGGCUCAGGCCUCGAAAAGCGCGUGUGGGACGAGAUCCCAAUUCCCCACGGAGUAGAGAACCCGCAGUCGAUCGUCAAAUUGGG